AUGGCUGAGCUGGGGGAGACCCUGCUGGGGGGCCUGGAGCAGACACCUCCAGGGGUGACCCUCACCGACACCCUCGUCGCUUCAAGGAACCUGCCCCAGCCGAUGGCGACUGAGAGCCCAGAGAGCCGAUGUAAGGCGCUGAUGGCCCUCUCGACUGUCCGCUUGGAUCGGGAGAACAUCUGUGCUAUUGGGAGGCUCCAGAGCCUGCAGGAGGUUCACAGCCUUUACCUGCAGCAGAACAGAAUUGAGAAGAUUGAGAACCUGAGCUGCUUUCCCCAACUGCGGUUCCUCUCUCUGGCUGGAAAUCGCAUCCGCAAAGUGGAAAACCUGCGGCCUCUGCAACACCUGCACUUCCUGGAUUUGUCCCAGAACCAGAUAGAGACACUGGACCCAGAUGAGCUGCCCCGGAGCCUCCGUCUCCUCGACUUAACAGGAAAUGAAUGCACCCACCAAGACGGAUACAGGGAGCUGGUGUUGGGAGCCCUGCCCCAACUCCUGCAGCUGGACACCCAGCCUGUCCCUGGCUGCCUGGACCCUGCCACAGAUGAGGAAGAGGAGGAAGGAAGUUCUUCCAGCAGUGAGGAUGAAGAGGAUGAGUCCCUCUCUGAGCUGAGCAGCCCUUUCACUGCAGGCAAAGAUUUCUUCCCGGCUCUGCACCGGGAGCUGGCCAGGCGCUCGCAGAGGAGGCAGAGGGAGGCAUUGGACGAACACGAAACCCGUGUGGAGGAGCUGGAGGAGCGUCAGGGCCUGCUGCUGUCUCCCACACCACUCGGCUCAGCGGACGCAGAUACCCACCUAGCCCUGAACCCAGGAAGGGAAGGAGCAGCCUUUACCACAGCCCUAGGCCCCGGGCGGCCCCAGCCCUGUCCCCAAGCAAAGCCGGGGACACAGAAGCCACCACCGCCGGGAGUCGGCAGCCAGCGCUCCUGCCCGCAGCCAGAGCGAGUUCCCAGUGGGAGCCAGAGCCGGAUCAAGGCCCAGCAAGGGGAGACUCGCGCCACAGCCCAGCCCAGAGGAGCAAAGAAAUAG